AUGAGUAAAAAGUCACCGUCAGCGAUUGAAGAACUCAGAGUAGCAUUGGAAGAACUUGGUUUGAAUUCUUCAGGAAGCAAGGACAAGUUGCGCCGACGAUACAAGUUUCGGGAGCAGCGUUUGGAAGAAAAAAAGAAGCAACAGCAAUGGAAUCUUUAUUCUUUAGACAAUCAAGCCAAAAUUCCUCUUCGAUAUUUAUUAAUAGUUGAUGUAGAAGCUACUUGUGAGGAAGGAUGCGGCUUUACCUUCGAUAAUGAAAUAAUAGAAUUUCCCUGUUUGCUUUAUGACUUGGAAAAGAAUGAGGUUAUCGACGAAUUUCAUUCUUAUGUUCGGCCAAAUAUGAAUCCUACAUUAUCCGAUUAUUGUAUAUCAUUAACUGGGAUACAACAAUCGGUUAUAGACCAAGCACCGCCAUUCCUGCAGGUGCUUGAAAACUUGACAGAAUUCCUAAGACAACAUAGAGCUAUCCUCCAACCCCCAAUUGAUGAAAUAAAAAUCCUCGAACCCUCACGAGCGAUCCCUAGGAGUCAGCUAAAAAAUUGGGCUUGGACAUGCGAUGGUCCUUGGGACAUGGCGUCUUUCAUUGCAAAACAGUUCAAAUUUAGCAAUACACAGAUUCCAGACUGGAUCAAGGGUCACUUUGUCGACCUUCGAGCUUAUUUUUCUGAUGUAUACCAUGUACCAAGAAUAAAUAUUGAAGGAAUGCUGCAGCGGUGGAAUCUUCGAUUUGAAGGAAACCAACAUAGCGGCAUCGACGACUCCAGAAACAUUGCAAGAAUUAUUAACAGGAUGAGUAUGGAAGGAAUAACUUUUGAGUGUAACCGGUGGUGGCUCAAAUAUGAAAACAACGGAUGGAUACCCAAUCGUAAAUAUCCACCUUUCUUGUCAAAGCGGCAAAAAUAA